AUAAACAAAGAUUAUUCUGUGAAUUCCCAAUGACCCGGUAUUGUUUGACAUAACAACAUCGAGAUUUACUUAAAGAGUACACCUUUGUGAAACUGGUUAGUGUGUGGCCGGCAAGAGGACGGAUCGACUGGCAUUAUGAAGCUCGCUUUAUUUUAUUUGUUUUCUGUGGCCGUCGUCACGAUGGCCGAGGACCUAUCGAGAGACCUCAGAAAUGGAAAUGAUGCGUUUACAUCGAGAAUGUUUUCUGAAGUAGUGAAGGAGAAGCCACAACAGAGUGUAGUGCUGUCAGCAUACUCUGUACUGACCCCAUUGGCCCAGCUCGCUUUGGCCUCUGAGGGUGAAUCGCACGACGAACUUCUGAAGGCCAUUGGCAUGCCCAACGAUAAUGCGACAAAAGCUGCGUUUUCACAUGCCGAAAGAAGCCUCAAAUCCGUGAAAGGAGUGGAACUUAAAACAGCAAGUAAAAUAUACAUCGCGUCCAACUAUGAACUAAAUGAAAACUUUGCCACGACCACCCGUGACGUGUUCAAUUCCGAAGUCAAAAACGUAGACUUUACUCAAGGACAGAAGACCGCUAGCGAAAUCAACGCUUGGGUUGAAGACCAAACCAAUAAAAAAAUUAAAGAUCUCGUUGACCCGGAUUCCUUCGAUGCCAAUACUCGUGCUGUUCUUGUCAACGCUAUCUACUUUAAGGGUCUCUGGAAGAGUCCGUUCAGCACUUACGCAACAUACGACCAGGUGUUCCAUAUUACAAAAGAGAAAUCAGCAACAAUUCCGAUGAUGUACCAAAAAUCUGAAUUCAACUACGCUGAGCUUCCAGAAUUAAACGCUAAGAUCCUCCAAAUGUUCUAUGAAGGUGAAGAAGCAUCCAUGAUACUGGUGCUCCCCAAUGAAAUCGAUGGAAUAACCCAGCUAGAGGAGAAAUUAAAAGACCCAUCAGCACUCAACAAAGCCAUUUCUGACAUGUACUCCACUGAAGUCGAAGUCACUAUUCCUAAGUUCAAAAUCGAAACUACAACAAACCUGAAAGAUGUUUUAUCAAAGAUGGACGUUACGAAACUAUUUACACCCGGACAAGCCCGUUUGACUAAUCUGAUCAAGGGACAGGAUGACUUAGUCAUAAGUGAAGCCAUACAGAAGGCUUUCAUUGAAGUCAAUGAGGAAGGCGCAGAAGCUGCAGCAGCCAACGAAUUCAAUAUUGAAUUUCAUUCGGCAAUAAUUUCCUAUCGCGUAAAGAGGUUUUAUGCUGACCAUUCCUUCUUAUUUUAUUUGAAAUCAGGAAAAAAUAUUCUUUUUAAUGGAGUAUUUUGCAAUUAGGUACUGCCAUGUUUAAUACGAGUCAUAUUAUAUAGAUGGUACUCCAUCAAUUGCAUCUUUGUUUAAUUUACCAAAAACUAACAAGACCCUAAAAGAUUUAUAAAAUUAUUUAUUCAAAAUUUAAAUUACUUUUCAUUUCCAAUUAAUGUCAACUCUUCAUUUUCCUUAUUUAUUUUACGUAUAUGCUAUUGAUUACUCCAAUAUCUUGACAAAUUUGUUAAUCAAUUUCCAAUUCAUUUUGAAAUAGACUAUUAAAAGUGAUUUUUUAAUCAAAUUAGCUGAAAUUUGACAGAAUAUUGGUCGUAAAUGUUAUAGCGUAUGAAUUUGCAUGUAUGCGGUUGAGGCUGUUGGCUGUUUUCAUUAUUGCAUUGUUUUGUUUACAUAUAUUUUUAUAAUGUAUAGAUAUUAAUAUAUCUCUAUUUUCAGGUUUAAAUACUCAGGGACGAGGAGUAAAUCGAGUAUUUAGGAAAAGUGUAUACAAUUUUAAAAUAAAUGCUUCAAAU